AACUCAGCUGAAAUUCUUUACAAAAUCUGUGGCGAGUGGUCUAGCUUAGACAGCGGUCGCGUUUUUAAGGAAGUUCGAUUCGGAAAAAAAAUUUUCUGCCCGAUUAGGAAUUAAAAGCAAAAUAAAAAAAGACGCGCACAUUUUUGUCCCGAAAUAAAAUUAUUUUAGUAAGUGAAAAUUAUUGGAAUUAUUGUCAAAAAUGGAGGAUACGACAAAAUCAAAUAAUGUGGUGAACGGUGAUAAUUACGAAAACGAAACUUUGCAUCCUCUAAAUCUACGUAAAUCAAAAGCAAAUGUGGUACUUGGAGCGCAAUGGGGAGAUGAGGGUAAAGGAAAAGUUGUAGAUAUGUUGGCGUCUGAAGCGGACAUUGUUUGCAGGUGUCAAGGAGGGAAUAAUGCUGGACAUACAGUUGUAGCAAAUGGAACAGAAUUCGAUUUUCAUUUAUUGCCAAGCGGCAUUGUUAAUGAACAAUGCAUAUCUGUUAUCGGCAAUGGAGUCGUUAUACACCUUCCGUCACUUUUCGAAGAGCUUUUAAAGAACCAAGCUAAAGGUUUGCAAAAGAUCGAACAUCGUUUAGUGAUUUCUGAUCGAGCACAUCUGGUGUUUGAUUUUCAUCAAGCUGUCGAUGGCAUGCAGGAAGCCGAGAAAGGCGGAAAAUCUUUGGGUACGACCAAAAAAGGUAUCGGUCCAGCGUAUGCCAGUAAAGCAACGCGUAAUGGUAUACGUGUGGCUGAGCUAUUGGGUGAUUUCAAUCUUUUCAGUGAAAAAUUCAAAUCAAUUGUGUCCACACAUCAGCGUUUGUUUCCGUCUAUAAACGUUGACGUUGAAGCGGAAUUGCAACGCUAUAAGGAAUAUGCGGAACAGGUGCGCCCUUACGUUAAGAAUACUAUGUGGUUUUUGAACACCGCCUUGGAGAACGAUCAAACUGUUCUGGUAGAAGGGGCCAACGCAGCCAUGUUAGAUAUUGAUUUCGGAACAUACCCCUAUGUAACCAGCAGCAAUUGCUGUAUUGGCGGUGUUUCGACCGGGUUAGGUUUCUCUCCGCAUAAAAUCGGUGAAAUAAUUGGAGUUGUUAAGGCCUAUACAACACGUGUGGGCGAUGGUCCUUUUCCUACCGAGCAACUCAAUGAAAUCGGAGAAUUGUUGCAAACUCGAGGCUUUGAAAUAGGGGUUACUACGAAAAGAAAACGUCGUUGCGGUUGGCUAGAUGUUCCUCUACUGCAGUACAGUUCCAUGGUGAACGGUUACACUAAAAUCUGUCUUACCAAAUUGGACAUUUUAGAUACUUUAGCCGAAAUUAAAGUAGCCAUAGCUUAUAAACGAUCUAAUGGUGAGGUAUUGGAACCGGGAGAUUAUCCUAGUACUAUCGCGGAAUUAGCUAAUAUCGAAGUUGAGUAUGCAACUCUGCCCGGUUGGCGAACCUGCACGGAAAAUAUACGCAACUUUAAAGAGUUGCCCGAAAAUGCACAAAAUUAUGUACGCUUCAUAGAGACUCACCUUUGCAAACCAUCCAAAUCCAAACCCAAACCAGCACUCGUACCGAUACGAUGGGUAGGCGUAGGCAAGGGCCGUGAAUCGAUUAUCUUUGUACCUGAGCGCUAACAGGGUUAACUUAGUCCCUAUGCCUCACCAUUUUAAUCUAUAGCAAGCAAUCGCUUAGCAUCUACUAUACUAUAAUGAUCUAUUUUUUGUCUUUUUUUUUAUACAUAUAUACAAGCAUGAUCGAGAACAUUUUUCGUAAUUUU